CACGGUCUUCAGCUCAAGCGAAAGUGCCGAAAUUCCAACGCGAAAACCGAAACUGCCAAACGCGACGCGAGCAGACAGACAGAAAGAAAGAGAAACAGAUAGAGAGAGAAAACAGGAGAGAGAGCGCGAAACCCAAACCUAACUCAAACCCUAACAAUCAUUUCCAGGUCCCCGGUCUGAGUCUCCAGAACGUUCCAGAACCUUCUAGCCCCUCCACGGAACCUUCCUCAGGCGAGCUGCAAGUCCCCGCCCGGAUCUCCCAUUCUCCGGCCCGCGUGGCGGGAUCCUGACCCGGUUCUCACGGGUUCCGUGCAGGAGCAGGCGCGAGGCGGGUGUUUGGAUCGAGGGAGGCAACCUGGCGGCGCGCGGCGGCGGCAAGUGAUGGCGGAUCCGCCUGUCUGUGGGGGAUCUAGGGCUUGCGUCUGCAGGAGAAGGGAGGCCGAGGCGGCGGCGGCGGCGGGGUUGGGACUGGGGCUGGGGCUGGGGAGAAGAGAGCAGGGGAGGAGGGAGGGAGGAUGCUGAGCGUGGUCCGAGUGCACCUGCCGUCGGAGAUCCCGAUUGUGGGCUGCGAGAUCACGCCGUAUGUGCUGCUGCGGCGGCCCGACGGUGCAGUCUCCACCGACGACGUGCCCGAGACCGCCCCCUCCGAUGGCCAGUUCAUGCGGUACAGAUGGUAUCGCAUACAAAGCGAUCGGAAAGUCCCUAUAUGCAGUGUACAUCCAAUGGAGCAAGCAGUAAUUCAGUGCCUAGGUUGUCUCAAGUCAAAAAUACCUGUUGCUAAGAGCUACCAUUGUUCAGCUAAAUGCUUCUCUGAUGCAUGGCAGCACCACAAAGUUUUGCAUGAGCGAGCUAGUACUGCAUUAAAUGAAAAUGGAACUGAAGAAGAGGAGUUAUUUGGUAGAUUUGGCAGUGGUGGUUCUGGGGUUCUAAAUACUGCUGGGUCUGGUUCAAUGUCAAAUUUUGGACAGAGCCCUGGUGUUAAUAAUGGGCCUGUGCCUUCGUAUCCGUCGGGCACUGAUAAGAACUCUGGUGAAACUUGGUUUGAAGUGGGGCGCUUGCGCACAUAUACACCCACUGCUGAUGAUAUUGGGCAUGCACUAAAAUUUGAGUGUGUAGCUGUGGAUGCAGAAAAAAAAGCUCCAGUGGGACCUCCAACUUCAAUUAUGACAUCACGUGUAAUCCCAGCACCAACUCCUACUCCACGUCGCCUUAUCCAAGUGAAUGGAGAUGUUUUAGGUCACUUGGAUUUGGACAGCCAGACUUCGUUCUUGGGGACAUUCACUAUGCUGUCCUACAAUAUUCUUGCUGAUGCAUAUGCUACAAGUGAUGCAUAUAGCUACUGCCCAACAUGGGCACUUUCGUGGACUUACAGAAGACAAAAUUUGUUGCGUGAAAUUAUUGGUUAUCACCCCGAUAUCAUCUGUCUUCAGGAGGUACAAUUGAAUCACUUCGAAGAUUUUUUUGCACCUGAGCUUGACAAACAUGGAUAUCAGGCGCUUUACAAGAAAAGGACAAUGGAGGUGUAUUCCGGAAAUCCUCGGGCCAUUGAUGGCUGUGCUACUUUUUUCCGUAGAGACAAAUUUUCACAUGUUAAAAAAUAUGAGGUUGAGUUCAAUAAGGCUGCACAGUCUUUAACAGAUGUGAUUAUUCCUGCUGCUCAGAAAAGAGUGGCUUUAAGUCGAUUGAUCAAGGAUAACAUUGCAUUAAUUGCGGUUUUAGAAGCUAAAUUUGGUAACCAUGGAACCGAAAAUCCUGGUAAAAGACAGCUCCUUUGUGUGGCAAAUACACAUAUAAACGUCCACCAGGACCUAAAAGAUGUGAAGCUAUGGGAGGUUCAUACCCUCCUAAAAGGAUUGGAAAAGAUAGCUGUUAGCGCAGACAUUCCUAUGUUGGUCUGUGGAGAUUUUAAUUCAACCCCUGGGAGUUCUCCACAUGGGCUUCUUGCAGUGGGCAAAGUUGAUCAGCUGCAUCCAGAUCUGGCCAUAGACCCCCUUGGAAUUUUGCGCCCUCUAAGCAAGUUGAAUCACCAGCUUCCUCUGGUCAGUGCAUAUUCUUCAUUUGCAAGAAUGGUAGGUGUUGGCUAUGAUUUGGACCACCAGAGGAGAAGGAUGGACCCAGCAACAAAUGAACCACUUUUCACAAAUUGUACAAGAGAUUUUACUGGAACUGUUGAUUACAUAUUUUACACAGCGGAUUCAUUGACAGUGGAGUCAUUAUUGGAACUUCUGGAUGAAGAAAGCUUAAGAAAAGACACAGCUCUUCCUUCACCUGAAUGGUCAUCAGAUCACAUAGCGCUCUUAGCUGAGUUCCGGUGCAAGCCUAGAAUCAGACGGUGAUACAUGUUAGGUCUUGUACAAAAGGUUAACAUCAGCAUCCUUGGUGGUGGAAUAAUCUAACACUCCUCCAUGGCGGAACUUGAGGUGUGGCGGGGCGUGGGUCCUCGGGGAAGUAAGCAAAUCUUAGGAAAGCAGCCUCAGGAAGGAAAGGAGGCUUGUAACGUUGAUUUACCAUCUUACAUUUCAGGUCAUGAUUUUUAAGCGGCCUCUCUGUACUACUACUUUGUAUAGAAGAAAAAAAAAACCUUGAGAGAAAUAUUGAACAGCUUUUAAGCCCUUUUUAUUUUUCCUUCA